UGCGACGAGUAUGUGCAUUACCAUGAUAAAUCACAAGUUUUAACUUGUAAACCAUCUUUAUUUGCCUUACUUUUUCAGAGCCACGUGGUAAAGGAUCAUUAGAGUCAAUACCUUAAAAUAUGACAGAUAAUGCGGAGAAACGAGAUACGUAUAUUCGACGGAUGUGUCGUAUUUCUGCGGUCAUAAUUGUGGUGUCAGUUGCAUGCGUGAUUGUCGGUAUCCUCAGCAUUGUACAGUCAGCGCCAAAAUUUCUAUUUCCGUAUUGUCUUGGUGGGUCAAUGAUUGCAGGAUUAUUCGUCAUUUCCUUAGCGGUGUGUAACUUAAAACUUUACUGUAACUAUGUCAAACAUGGACGUGAACAUGAGGAGGAAUAUGAAAUAAAAGUUUGGGUUUGUAGACAGAUUGUUGUAAUUGCAUUAACAUUCAUCUCCUUAGCUAUUGGUAUAGGUGUAUCUGGUAUAUGGGGAAUGGUGAAGGCCACUGAUGUUAUAAACUUCGAAAAGACAUUCAACAUGACCUCAAAGGCAUCCGUACCAUACGCGAAAGCCAAUUUACCAUACGCAGUUUCGUCGUUCGUUCUAGUUCUUAUCUUAGCCAUCGUUCAAACUGUGCUUUGGUGCACGUGUCUAUCUUACACAGAUACUUAUGGAUUUACUGAAAACACCGGGUAUUCCCGACGACAUGGAACCAGUUUAUAUCGGCGAUACCGACCACGCCCAAAUAUUACCUCCUCCUCAUUGAAUCUUGAAAUAAAUUCAAGACUCAACCACAAUAACACACAGUCCGGGCACUCACCGGAUAUUGACCACGGCAGCAGAGGACUUCGUGUGAAUAUACCAACAUAUGGGGAUAAUCAUAGACAAGUUCCUUCAGCACCAUCACGUGACAGAUCGUCACAGUUAAAUGACCUUGAAACAGGUCAUACAAGUCUAAAUGAUAACGAAGGUGAAGGACAACCGCCUUCGUAUGACCAUGGUGUAGAAGAACCACCCCCGUCAUACAACGAAGUCCUGAAGGAAGGUGGAUUUAAAGUUAGUUAUGUUUGAGGAUGUCCUUUGCAUUUUCCCCACACAAAAAACGGACACAACAGUGUCGAAAACAAAAGGUCUCGGGACCAAAUUUUUUGUCCUGUUUAUAACUUUCAUCCGGGCUGUUUUGAAUCCGGGGAAAACAAUCUUUUGUUAUAGACAGUCAGACUACAAACAGUUAUCUAGGGUGAGGUAUUGCAAUAG